GUCAAAUUUUGUGUAUGGACGAGAGAUGUACGUCGGGAGGUUCGGUCGUGUUAUUCGGAACAGGGGGUCUCUAGCAUAUCAGGAGCUAGAUCAGCAGUGAACCAGCCAGCCAUACAUGGCUCCUCGAGGGGGCCCAUAUAAGCGACAUGCUAAUCUGUUGAUGGGAUACCAGUAUUGAGAAUCCCUUGAAGUACCGAAAAUGUGAGGUGAACGGAUGCGCAGAGGACGAGAGAGAUACGGGAAUGAUCACCGGCCUGCUGGUCUACUCCCUGUCUCUGCUAGCGUCCGAGGGCAGCAUUCGCGUCCAGUUCGACCACCACCAGCAGCAGCAACAGCAGCAGCAGCAGCAACAGCAACAGGUGGCCGUCAGCGUUCCAGGCGACAUCAUCCUCGGCGGGCUGUUCCCCGUCCACACGAAAGGCGAGAGAUCGGCAUGCGGCUCGCAGAUCUACCAUCGCGGAGUGCAACGGCUCGAGGCGAUGAUGUUCGCCGUCGACGCGAUCAACGGCAGCCCCGAUCUGCUGCCGAACGUCACCUUGGGCGUGCACAUAUUGGACACAUGCUCGCGCGACACAUACGCGCUCAACCAGAGCCUGCAGUUCGUGCGAGCGUCGCUGAACAACAUCGACACGUCGGCGUUCGAGUGUUCCGACCACUCGUCCCCGCGACCGAGAAACAACUACUCCGGUCCGGUGUUCGGCGUGGUGGGUGGCUCCUACAGCUCCGUCUCCCUGCAAGUGGCCAACCUGCUCGGCCUCUUCCGCAUCCCCCAAAUAUCCCCGGCCUCGACGGCUAAAGCGCUCAGCGACAAGUCGCGCUUCAAGUACUUCGCCCGCACGGUGCCGCCCGACACGUUCCAAUCGAGCGCGCUGGUGGACAUCGUGAAGAGCGUCAAUUGGUCGUACGUGUCGACGAUCUAUUCGGAAGGGUCGUACGGAGAGUACGGCAUCGAGGUGUUCCACAGGGAGGCGCAGGAGAGGAACGUGUGCAUCGCUACGGCCGAGAAGGUGCCGAGCGCCGCCGACGACAAGGAGUUCGAUAACAUCAUCUUGAAGCUGAAGAAGAAGAGCAACGCCAAGGGGGUGGUGCUGUUCACCAGGGCGGAGGAUGCGAGAAGGAUCCUCCAGGCGGCCAAAAGGCUCAACGUCAGCAACACCUUCUACUGGGUGGCCAGCGACGGGUGGGGCAAGCAACAGAAGCUGGUCGAGGGAGUGGAGGAGGUGGCAGAGGGUGCCAUAACGGUCGAGCUGCAGUCCAACAGCAUUCCGGGCUUCGACGAUUACAUGAUGUCUCUCACUCCCGAGAGGAACGUGAGGAACCCCUGGUUCGAGCAGUACUGGGAGGACACUUUCGGAUGCGUCCUGGAGAAGAACAUACCGCUGGAGACCAAUCACACUUUCAAUGUCUGCAGCGCCGACUUGAGGCUUUCGCAGAGCGUCGGGUAUGAACAAGAAAGCAAAGUUCAGUUCGUUGUGGAUGCUGUUUACGCAUUCGCUUUGGCCUUACAUAACCUCCACGAAGAUCUCUGCAAAGACUACAAUCAGUCUGGCGUGUGCCCGGCGAUGACUCUGUAUGAUGGUGGCGACUUCUAUAAGAAAUACCUCCUCAACGUCUCUUUUGCUGAUUUGGCCGGCAGUCCCGUCAAAUUCGAUAGUAGCGGAGACGGACUCGCCAGAUAUGAUAUUCUCAACUACCAGAAACUUCAAAACUCGUCCGGAUACCAUUAUAGAAAAGUUGGAAGAUGGUUCAACUCUCUUCAGCUGAACUCACAAUACCUAGUUUUCGACCAUAAUCAGACAACGACACCGAUGUCAGCAUGUUCUUUACCAUGCGAAGCUGGAAUGAUAAAAAAACAACAGGGAGACACCUGCUGCUGGAUCUGCGACAAAUGCGAGGAAUACGAAUUCGUGUACGACGAAUUCACCUGCAAAGACUGCGGCCCUGGCCACUGGCCGUACGAGGACAAACUGUCCUGCUACCCAUUGGAGAAGCAGUACAUGAGAUGGAACACGCCGUACGCUUUCGUUCCCACCGCGUUCUCCUGCCUCGGAAUACUCGUCACCUUCGCCGUCAUCAUCCUCUUCGUGAAGCACAACGACACCCCUCUGGUGAGGGCGUCGGGCAGAGAGUUGAGCUACAUGCUGCUGUUCGGGAUCCUGCUCUGCUACCUGAACACGUUCGCCCUGCUGGCCAAGCCCACCACGGAGAUGUGCAUCACUCAACGAUUCGGCAUCGGGGUGGGGUUCUCGAUCAUAUACGGCGCCCUCCUCACCAAAACCAACCGCAUCUCGAGGAUAUUCGACUCGGCCUCGAAGUCAGCCCAGAGGCCGAGCUACAUCAGUCCCAAGUCACAGGUGAUCAUCACUUGCUCGCUGAUCGCGGUGCAGGUCAUACUCACGUUGGUUUGGAUGAUCGUCGAGCCGCCCGGUACCAGGUUCUACUACCCGACCAGGAAUCAGGUCAUCCUGAAAUGCAAAAUCCAGGACAUGUCCUUCCUAUUCAGCCAGCUCUACAACAUGGUCCUGAUCACGACGUGCACAGUUUAUGCUGUGAAAACUCGCAAAAUCCCAGAGAACUUUAACGAAUCCAAAUUCAUCGGUUUCACCAUGUACACGACAUGCAUCAUAUGGCUAGCUUUCAUUCCGAUUUACUUCGGCACUGGAAAUGCCUACGAGACUCAACUGACCACCUUGUGCAUAGCGACAAGCAUGAACGCCACCGUGGCUCUGGUAUGCCUCUACUCACCCAAAGUUUACAUUAUCGUUCUGCAUCCCGACAAGAAUGUGCGAAAACUGACGAUGAACAGCGCCGCCUACAAGAAAUACAACUCCGGAUCGGCCCCAACGUCUACCACUUGCGCUGCCCCAUCCACCGCACAAAAAGCUAGCUCUGAAGGAACUGAAACGAUACUGAUGCAGCGUGUCGGGCCCAAUACACCGACCCGAACUUCUUGCACAGGAGUUAAUGCCGAACCAAUGGACAACAUCGCUUUAUUGUAAAUUCCUGAACAUUCAAACUUGGUAUCAUAAUCGACACGGUCAUCUCCUCCUGAAAAAUCCAUGAAGCAUCAAGAGGAUUUCAUCCUGCAACCCUGCAAAUAUUCUACCAAAUACCGGGUGUAACAGAGAGGAUCAUGGUACACCCCCUUUUUUGAUUUUCAAAUGGUACACCCUGUAUAUCAUUGCAUUUUCGAAUUCUGCAUGAUUUUUUGAAUCCAAUGGUACCACAUAAGUGACAUUUCAAACUUGAAUAUUGAUGUUUAUUUCAUUUUUGAUUCUCCAUCUGAGUGUGCCAUAACUAUUCUGAUUGAGUCUGAUCAUAGUAUAUUAUCCUUGUGGUCUGACGUACACAUAUCUACAGGUGUAAUGCUAAAAAAAUUUAAUCCUGUCAAAAAUGUAAAAUUUCAAGAUUUAUCACCACAUCUCAUCAAAAUGGUGUGGUGGACCAGGAUCCUGUUACACCUGGUAUAGUCAAUCCAGAAGGCAUUUCUAAUCAUUAGAAUGAGGAAAGAGAGUUUUGAAUCAAGCACAAUCUCGUCUUCAUCAAAAAGAUUAUACCGACUGCCGACUGAAGGUUGCUGCAAUUAAGAAAUGUUCCUAUGAGAAAUAACAGGCCACCAGAUAGGCACUAGGCAGAUGUACACUAUGCCCAAAAAGCUAGAGAGGAAAAUACAGCUCGGAGAGGAGGCAACGCAUGGGGCAUUACUAGAAAUCAUCGCAUCCACCUGCUCAAUCCAAAUGAAAACUACAAACCCCUUCUUUUGGGCACAGUUCAGUAGUUGAGAAGCUAUAUCGCAAAUUCUGCAUAUGGGAGGACAACGAGCCGAAUUCUUGAACCACUUGAAGACUCUUGGGUAUACUUCACUACUUAUUUGAUGAUAAUUGGUAUUGUUUUUGUUAUACUUACUCUAAAAUCUGAUAGUUCGAAUAAUUCACGUGUGAAAUCAUAAUCCAUAACUGAUAAUCAAUCAUCGUUAUGUAUGAAAUCAUCCAUCAGAUUGACGUUCGGUCUUGACUGCCAAUAAUCUCGAAACAUAUUCAUACUCAGAAUAUGAUUGAUAGAAAAUGAUAUUCCGGAAAAAUCGAUUGAAAAAUGAGCCCAAGAUUUUUUCCUUCAAAUUAUUCUUUCUUUUUUAUCAGUACAGAUAAUUCCAGAUUCAAUUCUGAUUUACAUGUGUAAAUGUGAUAUUGUCCUCUCUCUAACUAAAAAUGCUUGUUUUCGAACGUAACGAUGAUUAUUGACAAUGUAUCGUUUCGGCCUGAUAUGAAAAUUCAUUUUGUUUUAUCAUUUCCUAGAAGCUCACUGAACGAUGCGACUGAAGUUAUUCGAGACAAUAAAUUUAUUUUCAUACAUAUUGAAAAACCAAAAAGGAUUACGAACAUCGAUACUCAAACACUGAUUGAU